UAUGCUGUAACAACAUGGUUGUGAUUGUAUGGCUGCGGGUGUCACAACUGUCCACUCCUCCAUAAGGGGGAUUACCAAGCGGAACAGGAAGUGAAAUAAACUUUAUUCAGUGAUUGCUUUUGUCAACAUGAAGCUUUGGAAGGACCAAAGCUUAACUGAAAGUGUUUAAAGUUGUUCUGAGAAUUACCCACUUGUCGUAUCCAUAACUGCAACACAAAGGGCCUAACACAAGUGAAUCUCCAGUGAUGUCGAAAAUACUGGUUGCGAGUAUUUGUGCCCUUUUUUUGUGUGUCCAGGUAAACGCUCAAGAAGCAGUCUUGCGUGCAUUUGGAUACUCCGCUGAAAAUGAAUAUUGCAUUGUUUUCAAUUCGUCUUGGACACCUCUUCCACCAUCUCUUGAUAAUGCCACAUUAUACCAGUUGGUUAACUUGACCUCAAGUGUGCUGUGCCAUCAAUCUGAUCUUCCUCCUGAGGGUCUGAAUGGAAAGGCAGUGGUGGUAAUGAGAGGAAACUGUACUUUUGAAGAGAAAGCCUUGAUUGCCCAGUCCAGUGGAGCCAGAGCUAUAUUGAUUGCCAGCAAAACCAGCCUGAGCACACCCUCAGCAAACAACACUGACAAGGGAGUGAACAUCCAGGUUGCCCUUGUCAGGUACAAAGAUGUGUUGAAUAUGCAGGAGGCUUUUAAGGACAAUAUAUCAGUGAAACUUUAUGCACCACCUGCAGCUCUGUUUGACUACAGUAUUUUGGUCAUAUUACUUCUCUCUGUGUUCACUCUUGCUCUGGGAGGCUAUUGGAGUGGCGCUGCAGAACAGCAGGAAAUAAAUUUAGCAGCGCUGGGAGGAAGGAGGAAAGCUGAGAGCAGGGAUGAGAUCCAGUUCACGCCACUGAAAGUGGUGAUAUUUGUGCUUGGGAUGUGCGGGAUUUUGGUUCUACUUUACUUUUUCUACAAGUGGCUAGUGUAUGUUAUGAUUGCUAUGUUUUGCAUUGCAUCUGCAAUGGCUGUGUACGGCUGUCUGGCUGCACUGGUACAGAUGAUACCAUAUGGCAGAUGCAGUUUUUCCUUCCGGGACAAAACCAUUGAAAUUCGAUUCUUCUUUCUUGCUGCUUUCUGCAUUGCAGUGUCUGUACUUUGGGCAGUUUACCGGAAUGAGGACAGGUGGAUUUGGAUUUUGCAGGACGUGUUGGGAAUCGCAUUUUGUCUUAAUUUUAUAAGGGUGUUAAAAGUCUCAAGCUUCAAGAUCUGCGUUACAUUGCUGAGCCUUUUGCUUGUUUAUGAUGUGUUCUUUGUUUUCAUCACUCCCUUUUUCACAAAGAACGGUGAAAGCAUUAUGGUUCAAGUUGCUGCUGGCCCAGGAGCCACUGGUGAAAAGAGAGGUGGAAACAUUGCUGAAGUCCCUGCUGAACCCACAGCUCCCUAUGAGAAUCUUCCCAUUGUCAUGAGAGUUCCCAGGCUUUCAUCCCCAACUCAAUACCUGUGUGGAAUGGAAUUUUCUCUUCUUGGAUACGGAGACAUUAUUGUGCCAGGAUUGCUGGUUGCUUAUUGCCACAGGUUUGAUGUGUGGAACAACAAUUCUACAAAGAUCUACUACAUAUCCUGCACAAUAGCCUAUGGUGUGGGUAUGAUAGUGACAUUAGUUGUGAUGGUCUUCUCAAAGAUGGGGCAGCCAGCCCUGCUCUAUCUCGUGCCAUGUACUCUACUUACCAGUGCUUUGGUUGCCUGGAGACGCAAGGAAAUGAAACGGUUUUGGGCAGGAACCGUUUACGAGGUUUUGGACUCAAAAGAACCCUUAUUACAAGAAGAUGGAGGAGAAUCCUGUGGCCAUAUCCAGUAAUGAAAGUGAAGUAAUCGUACAUCCGGAAGAGUAGCAUUGCUAUUUAUUUUUUUCUUUGUUUUAUGGGUAAUGCUUUAAAGUUCAGGUUUCAUUAGUUAA